AUGACCAAAAUGCACGUUGGAACCCGUGUACGUGGCAAGACGAAGAAACUUAGGGGUAAGAUUGAUGCUAUCAAGGUUGUGCGGCGAGAGUUCUGCCAGCUCAAGUACGACGUGCAGUGGCCAAGCACUGGAGCGACAAUGGAUUACAAGAAACUGGACUCACAGAUUAUUUAG